ACAGUUAAUAUAAGGACUAGAACAUGGAGAAUUUGUGUGUUUGACACGGUGCCAGUAUACAUAUAUCCGAAAUAUAGAUGCUUAGGGAGUAAAAAUAAUAUUGUAAGAAUUAAAUAAUGCAGUUGUAGCAUUUAUUAUAUACUCCAAAUAUUUAAAAGGUUUAUAACAGUGAUUAUAAGUGCAAACACGACGUAAUCAUGGCGGAUCCCCUUAGUUUACUUCGACAAUAUAAUGUAAAUAAAAAAGAAAUUGUUGAACGUGAUAACCAAGUGAUAUUUGGAGAGUUCUCUUGGCCAAAAAAUGUUAAAACUAACUAUAUUAUGUGGGGGUCAGGGAAGGAAGGUAGUGACAAAGAAUACUAUACCCUGGAAUGUUUAUUAUAUAUUCUUAAAAAUAUAACGCUUCCCCAUCCUAUGUAUGUAAAGCAAGCAGCUGCUGCUAACAUUCCACCCGUACGACGUCCUGAUCGAAAAGAUCUUCUCGCAUAUUUAAAUGGAGAAACAGCAACAUGUACAUCAAUAGAUAAAAGUGCACCUUUAGAAAUACCAACACAGGUAAAACGCUCCCAUGAUCCAGAUGGAGGGGAGUCAGCAGCCAAGAAACCUCGUAUUGAGGAAACACAUGUUCAGAAAGUUCGGGAACAACUUGCGGCUCGUCUGGAUGCACCAAAAGAAGCUUCAGUUACUGUGGAUAAUAUAAAAUCUCUCUCAGAAGCUAUGUCAGUAGAAAAAAUUGCUGCCAUAAAAGCUAAGCGUCUUGCUAAGAAAAGGACUACCAUAAAAAGUAAUGAUUAUGCCGACACAUUAGGAGUCGUCGGAUCUGACUUAAGGGCUAUUCUCGACUAUGAUGUAGAUCUGACAAAAGAUAUUAUUAGCAGAGAAAGACAAUGGAGAACCAGGACGACAGUAUUACAGAGCAAUGGAAAGACUUUUGCCAAGAGCAUUUUAGCACUGCUGGGAAGCAUCAGAGCUAGAGAGGAAGGUAGGCCGGGAGCGAUGAGACCCCAGCCAGUUGUGAUGCCGCCACCUGCGAGUAUACCAGCCCAGCAAACACAAUACAACAGAUACGACCAGGAAAGAUUUAUUAGGCAAAAAGAAGAAACUGAGGGCUUUAAAAUUGACACUAUGGGAACAUACCACGGUAUGACACUCAAGUCGGUGACAGAAGGUCCUAGUGUCCCUGUGUCGGCUCGCACACCACAAACACCAACUCACACUCGACCAGCUCAACAGAACGGUUCCAUCCCCGGUACUCCUGGUCGGCGUGAGCUGUUGCCGGCGGCUGCGGCUCGCACUCCGCCCUCGACCGGCAAGCGACCCUCGCGCACCCCCAUCAUCAUCAUCCCCGCCGCCGCCACCUCACUCAUCACCAUGUACAACGUCAAGGACAUGUUGCAGGAUCUCAAAUUUGUACCAGUGGAGCAAAAGAAAGCGGAAGGUGCUGUCCGAGAAAAUGAGGUGUUGCUUCAGAGGAGAAAAGGCCCAGCUGCGGAUCAAGUUCCCAAUAAUGCUUCAACAAUAACUGUACCAUAUCGCGUAGUUGAUAAUCCAGGAAGACUGUCAGCCGCUGAAUGGGAUCGUGUGGUGGCUGUGUUCGUCCAAGGUCCCGCUUGGCAGUUCAAGGGAUGGCCGUGGGAUGGAAACCCUGUUCAAAUAUUCGCUAACAUUUGCGCGUUUCAUCUGAAGUUCGACGAGCUGAAGCUGGACGCGAACGUGGCUCGCUGGGCCGUCACAGUACUGAACCUUAGUCGCACCAAGCGCCAUCUAGACCGGGCCGUGUUACUCGCUUUCUGGGAGACACUUGAUAAGCACAUGAUGAAGAAUAAACCGCACCUUAGGUUCUAAUACUGUUGUAGCAUUAUAGAUUUUUAUUCGAUUAUAAUAGAUUAUUGUGUGAAUAUCUAAGACGCCUUAAAGCAAAGAUAAUCUAAGUCAAUUCCUACCAUUUAACAAAUAUUUUGGCUUCAUCAUACAAUGUUUUGGUUAUAUUAAUAUCUAAAUAACACUUUUCUUUUAAAGCAGUGACCUCAAGAUAUAUAAAUUACUUCUUUAAUCUAUUUUUAAUUUCGACCUAUUUGAUUUUUUUUGACUGACCUUCAACUGUCUCUACUAAUCCUUAUACAUAAAUAAGAAAUUGCUGGCCUGUGAUAUAAAUACUAGAUAAUUAAUAACAUUUUGUAUAUAAUUAUCCUUCUUAUACAUAUAAUUCAGUUUCCAUGUUUUAUUUAAUACUAAAUCCCGUUGAUAGUAUAUAAGAUAAAUCAGGGGCCUUAUAGUCAGAAUAAGGUUUCAGUCAAAAUAAUCAAAAAUUAUUUAAAAAAAAAAGUAUAUUUUUAUACAAAAAAAAAAAAUCUGAAUCCAUUCAAACCUUUUUUUGUAAUAAAUAACUUAUUACAAAAUCGCCUUUGUAUAGGAAAUUCUCUAUAAUCUUUACAAUUUUAUUACCCGACAACAUGACAACUGUUCCUUUAUAGUACAAGUAAGAAUAUUAAUUUCAAUUUGUGACACGCUCCGGUUAGCAACGGUCAAUAGAUGGGCAGCCUUACAAAAUAUCAAUUGACAAAAGUUACAUCCUUAACGAGAGUCAAUCGAUUUAAUUACCUUACAAUUUUUAAUAUAAGACAUUUCAUAAUUUUAUUGGCAAUAAAAAUAAUUUAAAUAGUUUUGAAGUUAUAUAAUAUAUAAUUUUGAUUUUAUAUGUGAGCCAAAAUCUUUAUUAAAUGGUAAUGAAAUGUUCAAAGAUCUGUGAUCUUUGUCUAUAAACAACAAUAAACUGUUGACCCUUU